AGCGUCUGGCUUUUCAGCCCAGGGCGGAGUUUUGAGGGGGUCGCUCGUCCUCCUCCUCCUCCCGCAGCCGCCAUGGCGUCUUCUCUGGCUGAUGUGAGCUGGAAAAUGGUGGAGCUGAGGGCCCGCUCCAAGCGUUCAGUAGUUUAGCCUGGCAACGUUUGUGAUUAGCUGCAAGAGCUUGAAAUGGCCACUUCAAAUACUGACAGAGGCACCACGUCUCGUGAGUUCUUGUGGUCGGGCUCUGUAUACGAGCCCAUGAAAAGCAUUGAUCUGCUAAACCCAGACGCAGAGAGUCUGUGGGAUAAAUUGGAUCAUUACUAUUGUAUAGUCAAGGCAACGGUGUUAAUUUUCCAAAGUCCGACCACCGGUCUUUUCCCCACCAAAACUUGCACGGAGAAUCCGAGAGCAAAGAUCCAUGAUAGUCUUUACUGUGCUGCGUGCGUCUGGGCCCUGGCCCUGGCCUACAGGCGUAUCGAUGACGACAAGGGACGAACCCACGAACUGGAGCAUUCUGCUAUAAAAUGCAUGCGAGGAAUUCUCUACUGCUACAUGCGUCAGGCUGAUAAGGUUCAACAAUAUAAGCAGGAUCCUAAGCCCUCCAAAUGUCUGCAUUCUAUUUUCAACGUUCACACAGGUGAUGAGGUCUUUUCUCAUGAGGAAUACGGUCAUCUACAGAUAAAUGCUGUAUCCCUCUUCCUACUCUACCUGGUGGAGAUGAUUUCAUCCGGCCUGCAGAUCAUCUACAACACAGACGAGGUCUCUUUCAUACAAAACCUCGUUUUUUGCGUAGAAAGGGCAUACCGGGUUCCAGAUUUUGGCAUGUGGGAAAGAGGAAGCAAAUAUAACAACGGCAGCACUGAAUUGCAUUCAAGUUCUGUCGGGUUGGCAAAAGCUGCUCUAGAAGCAAUUAACGGAUUCAACCUCUUUGGCAAUCAGGGUUGUUCCUGGUCUGUCAUCUUUGUGGAUCUUGAUGCUCAUAAUCGGAACCGGCAAACGCUUUGCUCAUUACUUCCUCGUGAAUCACGAUCUCACAACACCGAUGCUGCCCUCCUACCUUGCAUUGGCUAUCCUGCUUUUGCUGUGGACGAUGAAGCUUUGUACAGUCAAACAAUUGAUAAAAUAGUUAGGAAACUCAAAGGAAAAUAUGGAUUUAAGCGUUUUUUGAGAGAUGGCUACAGAACCGCAUUGGAGGACAAAAACCGACAGUACUAUAAACCGGCAGAAAUUAAGCUCUUUGAUGGCAUUGAAUGCGAAUUUCCUCUCUUUUUUAUUUUUAUGAUGAUUGAUGGGGUCUUCCGGGGUAACCCUGAGCAAGUCAAAGAAUACCAGAACCUUCUGGAUCCUUUAUUACAACAAUCAGCUGAAGGCUUUCCGGUUGUACCUAAAUAUUACCACGUGCCAGCUGAUUUUGUUGAACUGGAAAAGAAAAAUCCUGGCAGCCAGAAAAGGUUUCCUAGCAACCACGGACGGGAUGGAAAGUUUUUCCUGUUGGGACAGUCCCUCUAUAUUAUUGCCAAACUUCUUGUUGAUGGUUUAGUAAGCAUUAAAGAUAUCGACCCGGUGAACCGCUUCAUUCCUUCUCAAGAUCAGCGGAAUGUUAGCAUGCGAUACUCAAAUCAGGGUCCCUUGGAAAAUGACCUCGUGGUCCACGUUGCAUUGGUCGCUGAAAGCCAGCGCUUACAGGUGUUUCUGAACACAUAUGGCAUCCAAACACAAACACCACAACAAGUUGAACCCAUCCAGAUUUGGCCUCAACAGGAGCUUGUGAAGGCUUAUUUCCAUCUGGGCAUCAACAAAAAAUUGGGACUCUCAGGAAGACCCGAUCGGCCAAUUGGCUGCCUCGGAACAUCAAAGAUUUAUCGAAUCCUGGGGAAAACGGUGGUUUGCUACCCAAUCAUCUUUGACCUGAGUGAUUUCUACAUGUCGCAGGAUGUUAUGAUGUUGAUUGAUGAUAUUAAGAAUGCUUUGCAGUUCAUUAAACAAUACUGGAAAAUGCAUGGCCGUCCUUUAUUCCUUGUGCUCAUCCGAGAGGACAAUAUAAGGGGAAGCAGAUUCAAUCCCAUACUGGACAUGCUUGCCUCCUUUAAAAAGGGUGUGGUCGGUGGAGUGAAGGUUCGCGUUGAUAGGCUGCAGACAUUAAUCUCUGGAGCGGUGGUUGAACAAUUGGAUUUCUUAAGAAUCAGUGACACAGAGGAGCCUCCAGAAUUUAAGAGUUUUGAAGAGCUGGAGCUUCCCAAACAUUCAAAAGUCAAGAGGCAAACCAGCACACCAAAUGCAACUGAGUUGGAGCAGCAGCCAGAUAUUAAUCAUAACGACUGGAAAAACAAGCCAAUCCAUGAGAUACUUCAGAAACUGAACGAUUGCAGCUGCGUGGCAAGCCAGAUCAUUCUGUUGAGCAUUUUGCUCAAAAGGGAAGGCCCAAAUUUUAUCACCAAGGAAGGUACCGUCUCCGAUCAUAUCGAAAGAAUCUACCGAAAAGCUGGCAGCAAAAAGCUAUGGUCUGUUGUGCGCUUCGCAGCAAGCCUUUUAUGUAAGCUAGUGGACAGCCUUGCCCCGUCUAUUACUAAUGUUUUAGUUCAGGGCAAGCAGGUGACACUUGGGGCAUUUGGCCAAGAGGAAGAAAUUAUAUCUAAUCCCUUGUCUCCGAGCGCAAUUAAAGACAUCAUCUACAACAAGUGCAAUUUGCAGGAUGAGAGGGAAGCUGUUCUUCAACAGGAACUUGUCAUUCAUAUCGGCUGGAUCAUCUCCAACUCCCCCGAGUUAUUUAACGGCAUGCUGAAGAUACGUGUGGGAUGGAUUGUGCACGCUAUGAAAUACGAACUGAAAAUCCGUGCAGGGGAGAUGCCCCCCGUGGAUUUAUACCAGAUGUCACCCAGCGAAGUGAAGCAGCUUCUGCUGGAUAUCCUUCAUCCACAGCAGCAAGGGAGAUGCUGGCUGAACAGGCGUCAGAUUGACGGCUCCUUGAACCGAACACCGAGUGGAUUCUAUGACAGGGUCUGGCAAAUUUUGGAGAGGACUCCCAACGGGUUAAUAGUAGCUGGGAAUUACUUGCCACAGCAACCGACUUUGUCUGACAUGACAAUGUAUGAAAUGAACUUUUCUCUUCUGGUUGAGGACAUGUUGAGAAGUAUAGAUCAACCAGAGUACAGGCAAAUCAUUGUAGAGUUGUUGAUGGUUGUUUCUGUGAUUCUGGAAAGGAACCCCGAAUUAGAGUUUCAGGAUAAAGUGGACUUGGACAAACUGGUGAAAGAGUCGUUUAAUCAGUUCCAGAAAGAUCAGACUCAAUCCAAAGGCACUGAAAAACAAGACGACCUGACUUCUUUUUACAACACGCCACCGCUGGGGAAAAGAGGGACGUGCAGCUAUUUGACAAAAGCGGUGAUGAAUUUAUUGCUGGAAGGCGAAGUGAAGCCUACGGCAGAAGAUCCUUGUUCCAUUAGCUAAAGCAGUUGGCGCAGAAGAUGGUGGAACCAGAGGUGGAUGUCCAUGGGUCAUCCAGCUCUUGGCCUGCGAAGCUUCAUUUCUCGCCACCGUUUGGACACUGUGAUGCAUAGUCAUUAGGAGGAGCUCCAUUGCUUAGAGCAACAAUCUGUCCAGUUGGUUUCGUGUAACGAAAAAAAAAAAAGCAUAUUUAAUUAGAGGACAUACUCCCUGCACAGCUCCUAGGCAGCAGUCAGGGAUUCCCAUCUCACCAUCACGGCUACCUCUUGGCUAAGUAAAUGCCUGAUAUUCUCCAUACGUAGACUGCUUGAGAAUGACAGAUAUUUAGAAGCAUUAUCUAAGCUCGCGUUUACAGUCUAAGCCUCGCUUAAGGCGAAUUGCAGUUUUAUAUUUAGUCAGCCAAUCAUGAAUUAAUGUAACUUUAAUCAUCUCCCCCUCUCCCCUUCUUCCUUUGUUCUGGUGUCAGUUACCUGCAAGCUUCCUUAUGAAAAUUGAAUUACGGUAAAGACAUCAGUUUUUUUUAAAAAAAUACGAGAGAUCUCCCAUCUGUGAAGCUGGAGGAUUUCUUGGACUCUGAAGAAAUAAGGCUAUCUUUCGAUUUGAGGACACUGACGAAGCUUUAAAAAUAAAAUUAAAUCUCUGUACUGAAUACUCUUUCGGAUUUGCCUGUAAUGGGGUUCUGCGUUCUCGAAUUGAAAAUUGGAAGCAAAUGAGGAUCUUUUUUUAAAAAAAAAAUCUUGCUCUCUCCUUUGACCUAGCGUAGAAGCCAUCCGGCGUCAACUGGUAGUAUAGGAGGGCAGCGUAAAAAAUUAAUAGAUAAAUGAAUAGAUGCUUUAAGAGACUUUAUGCGUAAUAUCCUAGACCAGUGAUGGCAAACCUUUUCAGCACCAAAUGCCGAAAAAGGAGUUUGCACGUGCGGCACCAAAUGCCGAAAAGGGAGUCUGGGCGGCGACCAGGAAAAGGAGUUGCCCAGGGGACAUGCGCACUCCAAAAAAUUUACUUCUGGUUUCCAGUGUCCAUAUGCCGACAAAUGUAGCAACGUUGCUUUCCUACAAAGAUCCCAAGAGCUGUUGCUGCUCUUUUAAGCCUUCUGGGAGGGGCCAAUCAUCUCCUGGCCUUACUCCCAAGUCGUCCUUUUUGCUUUAGCUGCUCUUGCCUUCUGGCAGCUCUUCACAUGCAUGCACUAGGAACAGGCUCCUUCUGUUCCUCUGCCUCUCUGCUGUCAGCCUCUGGAGGCUCCCAGAUGGCCCUGGCCCCAUCUCUGCCUCCGACGCAGAGCCCUCAUCCGGGCCUUCUCCUGACUCCAGGACUGGCCCAUUGUCCUCCCCAGCCUCCUCACUGUCCGACUCCACUGCCAGCUCCGCAGGCUGCUGGCGGACCACAACAGAUGGACCCAGAUUGGAUCUUGCAACAUUAUCCUGGGGACACAUAUGUUUGCCUUCAUUCACACAACCUUUUGCUCACAACCCAGAUUCUCUACUUCCGAGGUGCGAGUCUUCCCUCAGAAUCUCAUGCCUAGCCUAACUAACCCAGGUGAAGAAUUCUUGCCUUUGCUGAUUUUGUGUCUGCAAGAGAAGGAUUUCUUCUUCCCCCCAGCAAGGUUUGUGACUACCUCAUCUGCAAUUUCUCUGCACCAAGCUAAUUAUCCCCAAAGUAGAUCUGAGAGGAAGGAUUUUCAGUGUAAGAAGCUAGUUAGAUGAGCGGGCUCACUGGCGCUUUGCUGUUUUAUGCAUUAAAAGAGUGACAUCCGCUCUCAUCUCUGCAGCGAGGAAAAAAAAUUGUGAACCCAAAUCCUCUGUGUAUUUUUACGUCAGGACCGAACUACACACCUGACUUUGAUCCUAAAUAUAAAGUUCAGGAUUCAUAAGGCAGUGGUAGCUUUGGCUUUCUCUAAUCUCAAGAAUUUUCUAGAAAGAUUAUCGGGCUAUAUUGAAAAGGAGAAGCAUGCUGAAAAUUUCCCAUGAAACAGAGAAAGGAGUGGGAAGAAUUUUUUUUUUUUAAAAGGAACAAUAAAACUCAUUUUAUGCUUGGGGCAUUAUGUAUUUAGCAGUGUGCCCGACAAUAGAAGUUCUCUUACCAAGCACUAAAGGUUUGAUCUGUGUGAUUAAGAUUACGUUCACUUCUUCAAUGUUUAAUUCGAUCGCUUAACAAUGAUCUACCGUAAUGUCCGCCUGGCUUUUGUAAAAGUGGAAUUUGAUCUUAUAAAUGGCUUUGACGCCGAAGUCCUUAUUAAUAACUGAGAUUGAUGAGCAAGCUAAGCUUCUCUCUCAACGGUUGCAAAAUGAAUGAAAAAAUGGUUGCAGGAAUUGAGUAUGGCUAGUUUCAUGAAAAGAAGGACCAGGGGUGACAUGAUAGCAGGGUUCCAAUAUUUCAGGGGUUGCCACAAAGAAGAGGAGCCAACUUAUUCUCCAAAGCACCUGAGGGUAGGACAAGAAGCAAUGGAUGGAAACUCAUCAAGGAGAGAAGCAACCUAGAACUAAGGAGAAACUCGUUGACAGAACAAUUAAUUAAUAGAACGACUUGCCUCCAGAAGUUGUGGGUGCUCCAUCACUGGAGUUUUUUAAAAAGAGAUUGGACAACCAUUUGUCUGAAGUUGAAUAGGUGUCCUGCUUGAGUAUGGGGUGAACUAGAAGACCUCCAAGGUCCCUUCCGUUAUUCUGUUAUUGACUUUCAGUUUCUUGUGCCAUGUUGUCUGGUGGAUGUGGCUCAUUUGUUCUCCCACCAACUGCCUUGUUCAUUAAAAUAAUUUUCAGAUCUCUUAGGCAUAUCCAAAAAGAAUUUUGCACUGUAGAACGCUUGGAGUGUGCCUAUUAAGACGAAUAAUAAGCGUCUGGGUUUUUUGUUUUGUUUUUUUGGUUUCCAGAUAAUUAAAAAGCUGCAGGAAUGAUGCUGUAAAAAUUAACAGGACAUGGCCAUUUGCUUAACGAAACGUGAGAACCCUAAGAUCUAACUUCCCAGCCGUGAAAUCUGUAGAUUUCUAUAUCAUGCACACACCAUUUGUUAAUUGGACAUAGCAGUCAGAAAAGCAUUUAAAAAAAAAAAAAGAUUUCCAACAGCUUAUAAGGACCUGAGGUGUGGAAAUUAAUCUUUUUCUCCUUGACCCCAUUUGGGAAGAUCUUCAUAUUUUUCACAAAAAGAAAAGAAAAGAAAAGAAAAGAA